AUGUCGCUGAAUACACUGCCACCGGAGCUACUGGAGCAGAUAGCUCUGUUUACAGGGACACCCGAGCUGUUCGCGUUGCGACUUACCUGCCGGGACACCCAGCAGAGAACCUUGUACACGUUCAGCGCGCGCUUCUUCUCCAGUCUGGGCUGCGAUCUGUCGACGAGCAGCGUGGCGCGGCUCGAUGCGAUCGCGAGCCACGGUCACCUGCGUGAGAACGUCCGCUCGAUCUGUUUCGCGCGACGGGCUGGUGUCUCCCUGGGUGAGGGCUUCGUCUGGGAGAGGUACCCGUGGGGUACCAUCAAGGAGGAACCCGCCAUUCGUAACACCGAAAGGCUGAGGCGAAGUCUGCUUCGGUUUCCUCAUUGCGACUCCUUUGCCGUUUACGCGGGGUACCCUGAAACCAGCACUGCAAAGCUCACCACCUCCGACGUGCUGGGCGUUGUGCUGGAUCUCCUGAACACGACGCAGCUUCCCGUCCGCUCGUUCCAGCUUGUCUACCGCUCCGGGUCGAUCGACAUGCGCCGGCUACCAAAGACAAGGCGGUUCAGUAGUGCAUCCAUGUUGCCUAAUGGUUGGUCGGCGCUGCGCACGAUGCAGCUCCACCAGUUGGUCACGGUCCAGACGUUGCCCUUCCUGCUUGGGAUGGCCGUGCAUGCGCCGCAACUCACCAGCCUCUCACUGCGACUCGCUCCUGCAGAUCUGGCGGGCGAGUUUGUGUACGAGCUCGCACGCGUGGAGAGACUCGCGCCUAUCACUGAGCUGGCGAUCGAGCAUACCGCCUGUCGUGCCGAGGAUCUGCGGCUGUUUCUCUCCCGGCUGGGCAGGUCGCUGUCAUCGCUUGUGCUGCAUAAUGUCUGUCUGUUAUCCUCUGAUUCCUCUAUUUCAUUUUCCACUGCUGCUUCUGUUGCUGUUCCAAUCGACUUGGCGACCUGGGCGACGGUUUUUCAUGCGCUCGCCCAGGACUGUCCCCGGCUGCAAGCUGUCGCCUUCCAGGAACUCAGCUUGAGUCCCUCGGCGAGGGAAAGGAGUCCCGUCUCAUUCCGACUGGACGAGAGAGAGAACAAGACGCAGUGCAUCUGUUUGCAGGAGCGUCCUCCUGGACAGGUCCUCGGCGUCUCGUAUACCGGCCCGGAAAUGACUAGGGCGUUGACGAUGCUGGAGAGUGCAGUAGUAUAG